ACACUACCGAUUAUUGCCCAACCUUCCCCAUUUUUUUUCUUGUGGUUUUUGCUCUAAGUUAUAGUGCAUGUACCUAUCGCCAACGGGCGAGGCAUGUCCAACGACAAUGGGAGUGUGGACGAUAUUUUGACAGAAUAUCUAGAAUCCAUCUCAAAUCUUCCGUCGGAGCUUUCCUUCAACAUGUCUGUUCUCCGAUCUCUUGAUGAACAAUUCCAUGCUGUUGUUGAAUCUAUGCGUCAUAACGCUCGUUCUUAUGCUGCAAUCAUGAAAAUGCGGCGAUCUGCAACUGCAACUGGGGGUGGGCCGGUGAUAAUAGGAGCUGACAAAGAUGCAAGAGGAGCUCUCAUGGGAUAUAGAAGCGACUAUCGAGAUGCGUUGCAAAAAGCUGAGCAAAAGGUUGAUACAAGUCAGCGGGUAUUGGAUCAGUUCAACGCCCAUUUCAACCGCCUGGAAAAAGCCAUAUCCCGUCUCGAGCACCAACAACAGUACUCCCAAUCAUCUAACUCUACCCGCUCCCGCAAACGUUCUGCCCCUUCCACUCCUGCUCCAGAUACAUUUUCACGCAAAUCUCGCCGGAAACAAGAGUCUUCGUCCUCGUCAGAUGAAGACCAAAUUCUCUACUGCAUCUGUCGCCAAAUUUCGUACGGGGACAUGGUAGGCUGCGACAAUCCGUCCUGUCCAAUAGAAUGGUUCCAUUACUCUUGCGUAGGACUUGUCACUCCCCCAAAAGGCAAAUGGUACUGUUCGACAUGCUUGGAUGCUGGAUUCGGAAGGGCUGUUCCCACAUCAGCUGCUACAACACCUGCGUCAGGCGCUAGAAAGAACCGACACAAAAAGACAGAUUCUGCUGCUUCAUCAUUUACUCUGUCAUCAGAUGAGAACGAAGGUGAGGUGAUUGAUGUCGAGGAAACUGGUGAGGACGGGUUGGACGAGCAUGGUGGACGAAAGAAGAAGGAUGGAGCGGGGUGGACGAGAAAAAAAAGAAAAGAGUGACAUCAACGUAGGGUGAAAUAUCCAUUCGAUGACACAUCCAAUUUUUGGUUUGCUUCAGUGUAGAUACAAUGCUAGGUGUAGAAGUGUGAUUUUGUAUUUAUUUUAAUCAUCCGUUACUGUUACGAUCAUCCUAAACCUUUGGAGUUGGG